AUGAAGUGCUCAAAGUGCAAGCUUAAAAGACUUUCCAAAGAAUUCCCUUUGAAAGCCGUUUCGAAUCUAUGCAAACACAUCCCAACUUGGUGCUUAGAGUGCGUAAUAACAUAUUUAGAAGACAAAGCUGAAAGCAAUGACCUAAUAGGACCUGGGUGUCCUGAAUGUAAUGAAGUUCUCGCCCAAAAAGAAAUAGAUUAUAUAACGUCAUUUUGGACGCGAGCAUCGUUUAAGCUUAAUAUUCCGAAUUUUUCACCAGAAGAGGUUACAGAAGUUGCAAAUGAGACCGGUGAAUUUUAUGUUGCAUUAUUGAAUGGUCAAAAAUACACAUUCAAGCUUGAAGAAACUAGUUCAGUUAGAGCAUUGAAGAUCGCGUUGAUGAAAAAGACUGCCAUUGAAAGUGGAAAGCAGAAAUUAGUAUUUAAAGGUGUCGAAUUGAAUGAAGAUGAUAAAAGUAUCGUUAGCUAUGGAGUCCACGCCGGGUGUCACAUUCAACUCGUAGUUAUUCUCUAUUCUAUUACGAAAGAAGUUUCUAUCGCCGAUCUAGCAUUUGAUUUGUAUUGGGGAUAUCCGAUAAUGGGACGAGACUACCUUGAUGGAACUUGUUUAAUAUAUGCUGGAACGUCACUUUGGAAAACGUAUGAUUACAACAAAAAGUGUUAUCCUAACAUACAUUAUAUCAGACACUCAGGUGAUAUUAUGAAUGAAACUAAUAGACAAGGUCAUCACCGGAUUACCAUAAAACUGAAUCAACUCCCAAAAGAAGUUUCUACACUCUAUUUUGUUCUAAGCGCUUGGACCUGUCCAAACAUCAGUCACUUUGUCAAUCCGAGCUUUCAAUUAUAUGAUGAAAAAUCACCUCAAGAACAGUUAUGCAAUUAUUCGAUUCAAACUGCCGCGAACUCUCAAGCCGUCAUAAUGUGUUAUGUUGCAAAAUCAUUUGAAGGCACAUGGCAAGUUAUAGAAGCUGGUGUUGAAUCUAAUGGGAAUGCCAGAAAUUAUGAUCCCAUUAAAAGAAAAAUUCUAGCAUUAGAACAAAAUAUGAA